AAUUAUCAAAUAAUGAAAUUAUUUUUAAGCCAAAUUAUAUUUAGUAUUUAUUUAUUAAUAAAAAUAACUGCCGGUGCUUUGAAUUAUCAAGGAUUUCCUAAAAUUUGCCAUCAAAUAGUACAGCAUUCAUUCCAACUGUUCGACCAUGGGCAUGAUUACACACAAAUAACCGAAUGUAAAUUCGUAAACGUCGAAGUAGACGUUCAUGACUUUUUACAUAAGGACAAGUUGGAGUUGAAAAUAUUUUAUCAUAACAAACAAAUUGAAUCGCUGGAAUUACAUAAAACUGAGGGAUUGUUAGCUAACGGAAGUACGCCAGUUUAUGUAACUAAAUUAAUAUCAGGAAUUAAUUACACUGAUAUUAAUACUAACUAUGUGUUUAAAACUUUGAAUAUUGAUAAGUUUGUACCAGAAAUGGGAAAUUUUACUUUAUAUCAUGAUAAAAAAAAAACUGCAUCAAUUAUAGUUUUUAGAAAAUCUCAUGGUUUUCAUGUGGAAGGAAAUAUAGGUAAUCAUGUACUCCGUAGAUUGCCACAUAUUUAUUAUCUAAACACAAAGUAUGUGUAUUUAAAAUUAAGAAAAAAAGAACAAGACAAUGAGUGGAAUAAUUAUGUAAAUAAGACGGACUUGUCAUAUGAUUUACAAGUACCUGCUUUGAACAAUGUCACUAUUAAUUUUUUUGUCAUACUUGACAGUUCUUCCGUAAGUAAUAUGCGUGAGGAAUUUAUGGCAACACUUUUAAUGUAUUACAAUUACAUCGACAUGUUUCACGGAAACUUAACAUCUCCAAAAAUACGAUUUUCUAUCAAAGGAAUUGUCAUCCCAUCGUUGAACGAAUAUAUUCCAUAUUUGGGAAAUAGUCGUAUAGGAAGUUUAUCUUUGAAUAUAUCUAAUGUACAAAAAACAAUUCAAAAAAUGGUGAAAGUCCACAAUAAUCUACUUAAUUUAAACAACCACGAUAUUAUCACAGUUAUGUCACAGCGACAAUUAUGCGAUAGAGAUGUUGGUGAUGAAACAGAAGAUAAUUGUUAUGUUUCAUCUACAUACAGUGAUAAUAUUUGCCAAGAAAGUAAAUAUCCAAAUAUUAUUAUAUUAGUUCAUGCCGAUUUUCAAGGCUUCCAUGGUAUUUUUUUGGAAGCAUUGUCUUCAAUUUUAGGAUACUAUGAGGAAACAGACGAGCGUCAGGAAAAUUGCACAGGAUUCGUGCAAGAAGAAAUUUUUUACAGUGACUUAAAAUAUCCUUUAUCAUGGAGUCCUUGUAUUAUCGAACGUUACUCCAAUCAAUUCAAGAAAUCCGACUGUUCGUAUUUCAAUGGAGGUGAUAAACAUCUUAUAUUAAAUAAUACUCAACCAUUUGGCCCUCAAAAUAUAACAUUUAAUGAAUUAUUUGCCCUUUCAAAAUAUUUAGUAAACGAAUUUAUAGAAGAUGCAAAGAAAAAAAGUGCUAAUCAUACACACGUGUAAUAAA